UGGAUACCUCAUCCUCACCUGAAGCUAGCUAACUUGUUUUCAACAACUUAUAUUUCCCAUCUCACUUGCUAUUUUCUCACAUAUCUGCAUUCUGAUAUAUAUAUAGAGAGAGAGAGAGCGGAUGGAGCCCAAAAACUUUCUUCAUGAACAUCCACUGCACUUCUCUGAAGAGUGGAGCAAUGUCCACGGUAAGACUAGAGGUGUUUGCUCAUCAGGAUGUGGGCAGCCAAUCUCAACUCAGUUCUAUGCAUGCAUCGACUGUGAGUUUUUCCUUCAUAAAUCAUGUUCUGAGCUACCAUUGAACAUCACUCACCCCUUCCAUGAUAAGCAUCCUCUCAUUCUUCGAUCUGAUUCACCAUACGGAAGGGGGGGUGUACUUUGUAGUUUUUGUCGAAGUCAUGUCGAUGGAUUUGUUUACCACUGUUCUUCUUGUCAAUUUGACCUUGACAUCAAAUGUGCCUUGCUCCCAGAAUUCCUCAAUGGAGAUUUUCCAAAAGUUGAUCAUCACAUUCAUGUUGAACACCCACUCUCCUUCAUCGAAAAUCUUAGCCCCCGUGGAGUUAAACUAGCUUCUUCCCGCUAUUGCAGUGUUUGCUUAGAAAAUUUAUCAGAUGCUUCCUUUUACACUUGUCUUGUUUGUGAGCUUUUCCUUCAUAAAUCAUGUUAUGAGACUGAGCCACCAUUGAACAUCAAUCACCCCUUCCAUCAGAAGCACACUCUUACUCUUACUCUUCUUAAACGGGAUAAGGUGGUGACAGAGUAUGGGAGUUACAAAUGUUUGCACUCAGAUUGUACUUAUGUUCUUCAUGGGAGCUGCGUAAAAAAGAAUAAAGGUCGUCUUUAUAUCGAAGUUGAGUCAGAAAAUGAGGAAAGUAAUAAUGAGGCUUCUUCUUCUCCAAGUCGUGCUGUGGCGCUAGGAGACAAGAUAGAUCAUUUCAGCCACGAGCAUGAAUUAGUGCUUGAUAAGGAGGAGAUUAUUAUGAAUGGUGAUAAAAAAUGUUGCGAUGGGUGUGCAUUACCGAUCUUGGAGGCCGCUUAUAGUUGUCCACAACCAGAGUGUAAUUUCUCCCUUCACAAGGCAUGUGCCCAAAUUGGAGAGCACAAACCACAUUGGGCUUUCCGAGAUCCUCUUCAAGUCAGCAUGAAGUGCCUUCUUAGCUGUCAAUUUUGUAAGUAUUACUGCAGUGGUUUUUAUUAUUACGGGAAACAUGUUGAUGGUAUUGGCAGUGAAAUUUGCCUCAGAUGUAGUGAGAUCUAUUUCAUCACUAAGCAUGAAGCACAUGCUCAGCACUUCCUCUUCUGUGAUGAAGAUCACAGGGGACCAUGUAGUGGCUGCGGUGAGGAAAUGGGUGAAUAUGGUGGUUACAGAUGCACGCUGGCAGAGGAAGAGGAGAAUUGCAAAUUUUUUGCCUUGGACUACAGAUGCCUGACACGACCCCUUGAAGUUCAACAUAGGUUCCACCAUCACCCUCUAAAACUCACUUAUGAAGAUCCUUACAAGGAUGAUUAUGGUGAUCCAUUUCAACACAUGUGUGAAAUUUGUGAAGAUAGAAGAGAUCCAAAGCUCUGGUUUUAUCGGUGUGAUGAGUGCGAUUUUGAUGCUCAUCCCGAUUGCGUUCUUGGAGAAUACCCAUUCAUCAAGCGUGGUAGCAUCUAUGGUGAUGAUGAUAAUGAUGAUGAUGAUGAUGAUGAUAUUAGAUGUCGUUCUCAUCAACGACGUCUCAUAUAUUGCCAGAGUGAGAAAUAUCCUUAUCCGAAGUGUAGUUCCUGUGGCCAUCCUUGCAAAGAUCUAAGUAUUAAAUGCGCUCACUCUGAAUGCAACUUUGCUCUACAUUUUAAGUGUGGCUAUGAACGUCUCAUAGAGAGGCGGCUGCGACGGCUACUGCAACAGCAACGGUUGGUAUCAACGAGGGGUUGGAUCAAGUGCACAAACUGUCCUCGAACUGUAAUUUUUGGUUUUACCAUGGGAAGCACUCCGGUUGCUCGGACCAGCGGGGCACAAUUGCUUUCACUGAUGGGCAGGAGAGAAUUUCUUUUAACAUUCAACAUGGAUUGUGAGAUGCAGGCUUCAGCAGAAGCUGACAUUGAAUCAAUGUCAAUGAUCAGAUGGGCAACACGAGAUGCUUCAACCUUGGAGGAGACAAAUGAAAUACACUGGAAAUUGGCUCCAAGCGAUUGAACAACUUCAUCUUCUGUAGGUAUGAGUGUGAAAUCUCUGAUUAAACGCAUCAGUUUACU